UUGGCAACUCACACACAACAAAUAAUAUUAUUAAAUACCCUUAAAUGCAAAAGAAAGUACAUAUAUAAGAAGAAAAUAGCAAACAAACUUGUUUGUUUACUUCUUCUUCGUUAUUGCUUCGAGAGGAGGAGAAAAAGCUUUCACGAUGGCGUUGCAAGGAAAGCUAGAUAGAUUCAAAAAGCAGCAAGAGAAAUGUGCAUCAACGCUAUCGAGCAUAGCAGCAAGCAAAGCUGCAUCAUCUGCUGUGCCAAGUCCUCUUGUUCCUGUCAAAUUUUCAAAUGAUACAGAAAGGCUUCAACAUAUUAAUAGUAUACGGAAAGCUCCUGUUGGAGCUCAGAUGAAGCGUGUUAUUGAUCUCCUUUUUGAGACUCGGCAGGCUUUAACAUUGGAGCAAAUAAAUGAAACAUGUCAUGUGGACAUGAAAGCUAACAAAGAUGUUUUUGACAAUAUGAGAAAAAAUCCUAAAGUAAGAUAUGAUGGAGAAAGAUUCUCUUACAAGUCGAAACAUUCCCUUCGGGACAAAAAAGAGCUUCUUUUCCUGAUACGCAAAUUUCCAGAGGGCAUUGCUGUUAUUGACUUAAAGGAUUCAUACCCAACUGUGAUGGAGGACUUACAGGCUUUGAAAGCUGGUAGGGAGAUUUGGCUGCUGUCCAACUUUGAUUCACAGGAAGACAUUGCCUACCCUAAUGAUCCUAAAGUGCCUAUUAAGGUUGAUGAUGACCUAAAACUGCUUUUUCGUGGGAUUGAAUUGCCUCGUGAUAUGCUUGAUAUAGAGAGGGAUCUCCAGAAAAAUGGAAUGAAACCUGCUACUAACACUGCAAAGAGGAGAAGUGCAGCACAAAUGGAAGGCAUUUCAUCCAAGCCUAAACCUAAGAAGAAGAAGAAUGAAAUCACCAAGAGGACCAAGCUGACUAAUGCCCAUCUUCCAGAGCUUUUUCAGAACUUAAAGAACUCCUGAUUGAAGUAACUCACAGCGUGUGUUGGGCGGAUUCUCAUAGUUCGCUUAGUGGCGUCAAAUUGAUAAUGUGUUUAGAGAGUCUUCCUGUCGUCCUUAAGAAUAUAUCUUUUUUAUUGUAUUAGCCUACUGCCGCUGGUUUUGGACGUAUUCAAUUUGUUGAAGAAACAAUUUUUCAGAGCACAUUGCAAAUUCAGGGUAUUCCUUCCAGGCUUAAACAGGAGUCUUAAGUAAAAGGAAAAAUGUGGGCAGAGCCCCUCUUCUAGUGGUUUUAUCUAAAUUCAAGGUCGCAUUGUUUUAAAGUGCAGAAAAUGGUGAACCAGCAACCAAGUUAUAGCAAACUUGGUCAUUUAGCAGAGUGAAAAUAUUGAGUAUGUUCUCAUUUGUACGUCCAACUUCUGGAAGUGAAUAAUGAUAUUUUUUGUUGCCUGUUGGUGAGAAUUAAGACUAUCACCUCUUUCAGAGUGAUGUAAUUUUAUUGAAAAUUUGUAUUGAUACUUACAUUUAAACAUUUGCAUGUUAUUUUGAAUGUUUUACUGUUCAAA